AUGUCCACACCUCCGCAAGCUGCCUUCGAGGCCGUCCAUGUGGAGUCCGAGGGAGAGGUGAAGAACUCUUCCACCAACUCCCGCGGGUGGGCGAAGAAGGCUGCCUUCGUUCUGGCAGUGGGCCUGGGUGUCGUUGGCUUCAUGGCCCUGCCGAAAGCAAAGAGGUUCUGCAAUGGAUUGGAUCUCGGGGCCUUCCAGGGCAAGUCCAACCUUGGCUUGGACGCGCAGAUGGCUCUGAAGGCUGACGCGCUGAAGAGUGUCAAGAAGCACUCUGCGGCACAGAAGAUCGUCCUGAGGGCCAUGAAGAGCACUGGCCGCAAGUACUCCAAGCACUUCCAGCAGCGGGAG